CGGCAGAGCCGCGGGGGUGCCAGGACCCAGGUCCAUGCUACGUCCGGAGCCUACGUCACCAGGACGCCUCCCCUGGGCCGGCGGCAGAGCCCGAGACCCCAGCAGGUUCUAAGACAGCCCCACGCCCCCUAGUGCGCACGCUCAGUCCAACCUGCCGCGCACCGCCCACCGCGAACAUCCGGCUCCUGCGUGUGUGCUCGAGGGAGAAACUGAGGCGGGGGCGUGCCAGUGAAUUAAUUCCUUCCUCAGUCCACCUGCAGGCCUACAAAGCUGUCUCCCCCUCCUCAGCGCCACAAAGAACAGCAGGGACGGAUGGAAAGGAGGGGAGGGGGCCAAAAGCAAGCUGGGUGCGAGGAGCCAACCGACCCUGCCACACUCAAGAUGGCGGCGCGGCCGUGGCGAGGUCCCUCAGAGGCGGUACCAGCGCAUGCGCAGCGCCGAGUCCCGGCCCGGGACACAAGAUGGCGGCAGCGGCGCUGGGGAGGGCGAGGCGGAGGCGGCAAAACGGGCGGUCGAGCAGAACGUGUAGCCGCGUCCCCUCGAGUCCGCUCCGGGCAGCUGCUGAUGCAAGGAAUCCCCUGGGCCUCCGUCCACUCCACUGCUGAUCAGCCCAUCCGCCUGUGCUGAGUCUUCCUGCAGGCCUUUCCUUGCCUCUGUGGGACCCUGUGGGGGUCCAUCCGGCUGGAGAAGAAAAGCCUCUCAUGCUAGCGUUGCAGACCCCAGAGGGUGAGAGAAAGGGGGACUUCAUUCAGUCUUGAAACCUGUGGGCUCAGCCCCCAAGGCACCAGGAAUUCUUCCUGCCCAGAGAAUCAAGGCAGCUUCGUUUUUUUCGUACCUUGGUCCUGUGUGGGUGCAGAGAUGGCCAAUGAGAAUCACGGCAGCCCCCGGGAGGAAGCGUCCCUGCUGAGUCACUCCCCGGGUACCUCCAAUCAGAGCCAGCCCUGUUCUCCAAAGCCAAUCCGCCUGGUUCAGGACCUCCCAGAGGAGCUGGUGCAUGCAGGCUGGGAGAAGUGCUGGAGCCGGAGGGAGAAUCGUCCCUACUACUUCAACCGAUUCACCAACCAGUCCCUGUGGGAGAUGCCCGUGCUGGGGCAGCAUGACGUGAUUUCGGACCCUUUGGGGCUGAAUGCGACCCCACUGCCCCAAGACUCAAGCUUGGUGGAAACCCCCCCGGCUGAGAACAAGCCCAGAAAGCGGCAGCUCUCGGAAGAGCAGCCAAGCGGCAAUGGUGUGAAGAAGCCCAAGAUUGAAAUCCCAGUGACACCCACAGGCCAGUCGGUGCCCAGCUCCCCCAGUAUCCCAGGAACCCCAAUGCUGAAGAUGUGGGGUACGUCCCCUGAAGAUAAACAGCAGGCAGCUCUCCUACGACCCACUGAGGUCUACUGGGACCUGGACAUCCAGACCAAUGCUGUCAUCAAGCACCGGGGGCCUUCAGAGGUGCUGCCCCCACACCCCGAAGUGGAGCUGCUCCGCUCUCAGCUCAUCCUGAAGCUUCGGCAGCACUACCGGGAGCUGUGCCAGCAGCGAGAGGGCAUUGAGCCUCCACGGGAGUCUUUCAACCGCUGGAUGCUGGAGCGCAAGGUGGUAGACAAAGGAUCUGACCCCCUGUUGCCCAGCAACUGUGAACCAGUCGUGUCACCUUCCAUGUUUCGUGAAAUCAUGAACGACAUUCCCAUCAGAUUAUCCCGAAUCAAGUUCCGGGAGGAAGCCAAGCGCCUGCUCUUUAAAUAUGCGGAGGCUGCCAGGCGGCUCAUCGAGUCCAGGAGUGCAUCCCCUGACAGUAGGAAGGUGGUCAAAUGGAAUGUGGAAGACACCUUUAGCUGGCUUCGGAAGGACCACUCAGCCUCCAAGGAGGACUACAUGGAUCGCCUGGAGCACCUGCGGAGGCAGUGUGGCCCCCACGUCUCGGCCGCAGCCAAGGACUCCGUGGAAGGCAUCUGCAGUAAGAUCUACCACAUCUCCCUGGAGUACGUCAAACGGAUCCGAGAGAAGCACCUUGCCAUCCUCAAGGAAAACAACAUCUCAGAGGAGGUGGAGGCCCCUGAGGUGGAGCCCCGCCUAGUGUACUGCUACCCAGUCCGGCUGGCUGUGUCUGCACCCCCCAUGCCCAGCGUGGAGAUGCACAUGGAGAACAACGUGGUCUGCAUCCGGUAUAAGGGAGAGAUGGUCAAGGUCAGCCGCAACUACUUCAGCAAGCUGUGGCUCCUUUACCGCUACAGCUGCAUUGAUGACUCUGCCUUUGAGAGGUUCCUGCCCCGGGUCUGGUGUCUUCUCCGACGGUACCAGAUGAUGUUUGGCGUGGGCCUCUACGAGGGGACUGGCCUGCAGGGAUCGCUGCCUGUGCACGUCUUUGAGGCCCUCCAUCGACUCUUUGGCGUCAGCUUCGAGUGCUUCGCCUCACCCCUCAACUGCUACUUCCGCCAGUACUGUUCUGCCUUCCCCGACACAGACGGCUACUUUGGCUCCCGCGGGCCCUGCCUAGACUUUGCUCCACUGAGUGGUUCAUUUGAGGCCAACCCUCCCUUCUGCGAGGAGCUCAUGGAUGCCAUGGUCUCUCACUUUGAGAGACUGCUUGAGAGCUCACCGGAGCCCCUGUCCUUCAUCGUGUUCAUCCCUGAGUGGCGGGAACCCCCAACACCAGCGCUCACCCGCAUGGAGCAGAGCCGCUUCAAACGCCACCAGUUGAUCCUGCCUGCCUUUGAGCAUGAGUACCGCAGUGGCUCCCAGCACAUCUGCAAGAAGGAGGAAAUGCACUACAAGGCCGUCCACAACACGGCCGUGCUCUUCCUACAGAACGACCCUGGCUUUGCCAAGUGGGCGCCAACACCUGAACGGCUGCAGGAGCUGAGUGCUGCCUACCGGCAGUCAGGCCGCAGCCACAGCUCUGGUUCUUCCUCAUCGUCCUCCUCGGAGGCCAAGGACCGGGACUCGGGCCGUGAGCAGGGUCCUAGCCGCGAGCCUCACCCCACUUAACAUAUCCCGCGGGGAGGAGGAGCCCCAGGGGUGCUGGUCUGGACUGCUGGGACUCGGGCCCCUGGGGCCUGAGAGGGACCCCGGCUGCCACUGACAUAGGAAGAUUAUGGUUCUGCCAGGGCUCCCCUCCCUGCCUGUCCCUAACUCAUCACCUCAAACUCCCUCCAAGUCCCAUGUAUAUAGGUCCUGAUGCCUUCCCAACCCCACCCCUCACCCUAUUGCCACCUUGUUUCAUUUGUAAAAGGAAAUACAGAAACCCCCCCAA